AUGGACCAGUCGUCUCCCACCUACAUGCUUGCCAACUUAACCCACUUGCAUUCCGAGCAGCUUCUGCAAGGCUUGAACCUCCUUCGCCAGCACCACGAGCUCUGUGACAUCAUCCUCAGAGUGGGCGAUGCCAAGAUCCAUGCCCACAAAGUGGUGCUCGCCAGCAUCAGCCCGUACUUCAAAGCCAUGUUCACCGGGAACCUUUCCGAGAAGGAGAACGCCGAGGUGGAGUUCCAGUGCAUCGACGAGGCAGCCCUGCAGGCCAUCGUGGAGUACGCCUACACGGGCACUGUCUUCAUCUCCCAGGACACUGUGGAGUCCCUUCUUCCAGCCGCGAACCUUCUCCAGAUCAAACUGGUCGUGCAGGAGUGCUGCGCGUUCCUGGAAAGCCAGCUCGAUCCUGGCAAUUGCAUCGGGAUUUCCCGCUUCGCAGAGACCUACGGCUGCCCCGACCUCUGCCUGGCUGCUAACAAGUACAUCUGCCAGAACUUCGAAGAGGUCUGUCAGACGGAGGAGUUCUUUGAGCUUACGCAUUCCGAGUUGGACGAGAUUGUUUCCAAUGACUGCUUGAAUGUCGCGACAGAAGAAGCUGUUUUUUCCGCGCUGGAGUCCUGGAUCAAGUACGAUGUGCAGGAGCGCCAGAAGUACUUGGCACAGCUGCUGCACUGCGUCCGGCUGCCGCUGCUGAGCGUGAAGUUUCUCACGAGGUUGUACGAGGCAAACCAUCUCAUUCGUGAUGAUCAUACUUGUAAGCAUCUGCUGAACGAGGCCCUCAAGUACCACUUCAUGCCUGAACACAGGCUCUCCCACCAGACCGUGCUGAUGACACGACCUCGCUGUGCUCCGAAAGUCCUUUGUGCUGUAGGAGGAAAAGCUGGACUGUUUGCCUGUUUGGAAAG